AUGGAGUUGGCCAAGCAAAACACCGACUCGAAAAGUAUCAAAGACGUUGUACCAGAAAUGACCGCGCAAGAAAUUCGUGACAUGUUUGCCAAGGAAAGCUCCAAGCCGACAUCCAAGGUCUACCCGAUGAUUAGCUCUGUGCCUCAAGAGAGCUUACCUCCACAUGAUUUGACGAACAAGCUAAUUGAUCUCUACAUGGUCAAAGGACAAGCUAUGCUUCCAUUAUUACACGAACCUACGUUUCGUCAGGAUGCGGAGGACGUCUUCAGGGCAUCCCGAGACCCUGUUCAGAACUUUCAACUGCGAAUGGUCAUUGCAAUCAGUAUGCAGAAAUUAAGUCCCGAGUACGCAGGCUUGGCCGAUAGUUACUACCUGGCAGCUCUACCCUUUCUUCAACCUUCACUGCAACGAAUGGACACACGGUCGCUUCAAUGCCUGGCCCUUAUCGCGCAGUACUCGUUAGUAACGCCGACUAGGACGGCCUCGUAUUGGGUAGUCGGGGCAGCCGCAAAACUUGCUCAGGAAUUAGGGCUGCUUGAAGAGGCCAACAUAACAAAGUCCGCAACAGGCGAACCGCUGAACGUUUUGGAAGUGGACAUGCGUCGACGUGUAGCUUGGGUAGUCAUCACCAUGGAGUUCGGCCUCGCUCAUAGCUUAGGUCGUCCCAAUGCGUUCUGCAUCAGCCAUGAUCAUCUUGAUAUCAGAUUUCCUCAACUUGUGGAUGACCGAUUCAUUACUGCGCAGGGGAUACUUCCAGGGGCCAAGCCAAUCUGGGCCAAGUGUAUUGCUAUACAUUUUUUCAAGAUGCGCUUGCUGCAGGCAGAAAUUCGACGGACGCUAUAUUUGAAUAAGCGAGAAGCUCCAGUAAAUGAUCAGGAUCCUUGGUUCGAUCAGAUCUUGACCAAAAUAGACGACUGGGUAGAAUCAUGCCCUAAAGAGGAUGGUGGCAGUGGUCUGAGCAAGACAUGGUUCGUUGGCCGAAAGAAUACCAUGAUUAUCAUGCUAUAUCGUCCGUCGCCGCAAAUACCGGAACCCUCGGUUGAUGCUGCUCGAAAAUGCUACGAGGCCUGUGCCUUUAACGUUGGGAUGCACAUGGACCAGAUGUCCACAGGCUCUGUUGAUUUGACUUGGGCGUUUACUCAAUCUCUAUUUCAGGCCAUCAGCACCAUGCUGUGGACGCUGUCAUAUCCUGACAUCCGCAUAGAGCACGAUAUUGAAGAGGUCAAAUCUUACCUUCAAAUCGCCCUGGAGGCGGUUGCUAUUUCCGCACAACGUUGGCCUGGGUGUGAGUCGGCCUUGCAGCUAUACAAGAGCCUCAUAACGGCAUGCCUGAAAGCAUAUGAUACCGCGGAGUCUUUUGUUGUGCAUACGCCGUCAACCCAGCCGUCGCCGGUGUCUGUGCAAGAUGUGACCACACCGCCUUUUAUUUCAAGCCCUUCAGCCAAGUCCCAGCAAUCUGUACAAACAGUUGUUACUGUGGCAACGUCGACAUCAGAUGCAUAUCUUUCACAUUCAAGAGGACCAUCAACGGAGCCUCUAAAAAACCCCACCCCUGUUCAGGAGCAGCCCAACACACCGGUUUCUCAACCUUCAUCAUCUCCGAUAUACAUGCCUUCACAAGCUUAUAACCUCCCUAACACUCAUCUCGCCAACAAACACCUCCAUAGGCGAAACAUGCAUCACAAUCAACAUUCCAACAUACAGAUGUAUGCCGCGUACGGCGAUCCGAACUUUGAUCCUUCUACACCUUUCAAUACCUUUCCAUCUGUUGUUCCUGGUCUUCCUGGUUGGGAUCCCAACUAUGCAGCCGUUCCAGUCACUACGAGCGGCAGCUACGUUGAUAUGAGCGCCGACUCGACAUAUUGGAUGGGGCCCUUUGGAGACCAGUAUUCUCAAUAUUCGAAUCAACCUGGACCUUGGCGCGGCCGGACGUUGAGUCAAGAAGAGCAGAUAGAACUCAUGGACUCGUUGGCGGAUAACAUACCAGAUGUGUCGUCAAUGCUGAUGAAUGACACAAUUAUAUACUACCGUUCAUGA